UCUUUGGGGGACCAUUAAUGUGCCUCCCACCCAAGGCAUUGGGAGGAUCUUCUCUGGAGAACCUGACUAGUUCCAAGAAGAAAGAACUAAAGGGACCCACGACAGGGUUUGCCAACACAAAGGUCAGGCUGCUCUCCUCACAGUAACGCUCAUGUUGACAAGCCCCGCCUGCAUGCUCACCCAUCUUUUCAUCUCUACUUCUUAAAUACUGGCUGACACCUAGUGAGCCUCAAGUGUGAAAAGAGGACACAGAAUGAACCAAGUAAAAGGACUUCGAAGAGGUGGAGUCCACAUAGGCAGCAGAAACAUGCAAAGAAAAACUUUCAGGAAAGUUACACUCAUUACGAGGGUUGGAAGACAAAAAUGGGGAGUGCCCCCGGGAAGUAGAGAAAAACAAAAAAACAAAAUGAAAAACCCCAAGGAAAUGGAAAGUAUGAGAGAAAAGGGCUGUUGUGAAGAUCUGAUGACUCGAAAUGGAACGCUGCCAACUAUGCCAAUGAAUACCGCAAUCUUCAAGGCGGACGGGAACUUGCUAUCCAGCUGUCUCUCCACCCAAAGCGGAGGCCUCCUCUCUAACCUUCCUACUGAGCGUAGGACAUGCAUGGAAACCCCAGUGAGGGUAGGAAUAAUAACAGUAGUGACGGUGAUUAUAACAACGGUGACAACAGUAAUCUUACUGAGUGACUGCAAUGUGCUAUACAAGACUGAAUGCGUUGUCUCAAUCCUUGUGACAACCCAUCGGGGCCACAUGGAGCGGAAGAACAAGGAGACCCUCCACCGCAAGGGAUGGGCAUACAUGCGUUCCCAUCACCACCAUGUCUCGUCCUCUCCAAGCCCCUGCACUGUUGGCUGCCUGGGAGUUGGAGGAGGAGAGGAAAAAGAUCCCCAAAUCAUGGCUUGGGAGGAGGAGGAGUUCCUAGAGGUGGAUGCCAACAGCUUCCCACCAGAUGUUGAGCCGUUGCUUGAGACGCUUCUAGAUGUGUGGGCAGGUACCAAGGGCUACUACGCCUCUUGGGGUAGACCUCAGGACAGGGGCGGGGAGAGGCGUGAGCUGGAGCUGACUGCAUGUGGGAGCGGCAGGCCCGUCCCCGUCCCCGUCCCCACCGUGGCAGUGACAAUACCUCUCCCAUCUCCUGGGCUCUCUCACAGUCUGAGUCACCUGCAGCUUAUGCCUCAGCUCCUGGCCGCUGUUCCCCUGGCUCCAGCUGGACAAUGUCACCGAGAUGUCCAGUGGCCCUCCCACCUGCCCCUGACGCAUCCACGCAGCUAA